GGCGCGGAGAGGCGGAAAGGCGGAUAUGUGGUGUCCAGCAGCGAAGUCGCGGGUCGUGGAGACCCAGCUGCUGCAGGUGCAGCUGCAGCUGCUGCUGGUCCUCGGAGCGGCCCCGGCGGCGCUCGGGGCUCAGCGCCGCUACAGCCCGGACUGGCCGAGCCUGGACGCCCGGCCGCUGCCGGACUGGUUCGACAAGGCCAAGUUCGGCGUGUUCGUGCACUGGGGCGUGUUCUCGGUGCCGGCCUGGGGCAGCGAGUGGUUCUGGUGGCACUGGAAGGGCCAGGGCUACCCGCAGUACGAGCGCUUCAUGAAAGACAAUUACCCGCCCGGCUUCAGCUACGCUGACUUCGGGCCGCAGUUCACCGCGCGCUUCUUCGACCCGGACGACUGGGCCGACCUCUUCCAGGCCGCCGGGGCCAAGUAUGUAGUCCUGACAACGAAGCAUCACGAAGGCUUCACAAACUGGCCAAGUGCUGUGUCUUGGAACUGGAACUCUAAGGAUGUGGGGCCCCAUCGUGAUUUGGUCGGUGAGUUGGGAACAGCCAUCCGGAAGAGGAACAUACGCUAUGGGCUGUAUCACUCACUCUUUGAAUGGUUCCACCCACUUUACCUGCUUGAUAAGAAAAAUGGCUUCAAAACACAGUAUUUUGUCUUUGGGAAAACGAUGCCAGAGCUGUACAACCUUGUGAACAGGUAUAAGCCUGACUUGAUUUGGUCUGAUGGAGACUGGGAAAGUCCUGAUACUUACUGGAACUCUACAGAUUUUCUUUCUUGGCUCUACAGUGAUAGCCCAGUCAAAGAUGAGGUAGUGGUAAACGACCGAUGGGGUUUCAACUGUUCUUGCCACCACGGAGGCUACUACAACUGUGCAGAUAAAUUCCAGCCGUCGACUUUGCCGGAUCACAAGUGGGAGAUGUGCACCUCCAUAGACAAGCGGUCCUGGGGCUACCGUCGCACCAUGUCGAUCUCUGACGUUGCAAGUGAAUCUGAAAUCAUUUCGGAAUUGGUUCAGACAGUAAGUUUGGGAGGAAACUAUCUUCUCAACAUUGGGCCAACUAAAGAUGGACUGAUUGUGCCCAUCUUCCAAGAAAGGCUGCUUGCUGUUGGGAAGUGGCUGAGCAUCAGUGGGGAGGCGAUCUAUGCCUCUAAACCGUGGAGGGUACAGCUGGAAAAGAACGAAUCUGUAUGGUAUACCUCAAAAGAAUCAGCUGUUUAUGCCAUUUUCCUGAACUGGCCAGAAAAUGGAAUCUUAAGCCUUAAAUCCCCCAAAACUACCUCCACUACACAGGUAAUGAUGCUGGGAGUCCAAAAAGAUCUGAAGUGGUCCACAAAUCCACAUGAAGGCCUCCUCAUUUACCUGCCCCAGUUACCACCCUCUGCUCUCCCAGUUGAGUUUGCUUGGACCAUAAAGAUGACAGGAGUGGAGUGAUCAUUAGCAUUCAAGAGGAAAGGGACACUGCCUGCCGUUCACUGUUUUGAUUUUCUUCUUACAGUACCGUCAUCAUAAUAAACUACUCUUCUCUACCCAGAGAUGGCUUUUGCAACACAUUUUAAUCAAAGGAACUGAGUGCAUUACUCUGAUGUCUCAGUGGAUCAAAGAUUUGAGUCACCUUGCUAGUGUAUCUCUCUCUCACCAGCAGAAGGAACUAAGCAAUUAAAGCUCUGAGUUCAUUCUUUCCUAACUGGAAA